CGUUGUAACUUAUAUAAGUACAGGCCCUUAAAAACUCCAAUUCCAAAACUAAACCACACAAAGCUUUUGAUUGAUUACUGAGAAAGAUACAACUUUUGAACACAGGUUUUAAGAUGGAUAUUUUCGACAACUCUGAUCUUGAAUACCUUGUGGAUGAGUUUCACGCUGAUUUCGAUGAUGAUGAACCCUUUGCAGAGGUCGAUAUCGCCAGUGAUUCUGAUUCUGAUUUCAUGGACUCCGAUUUCGAUUUCGAGCUGAGUCAGAGUAAGACGAACAAUGAUACAUCAGCGUUAGAAGCUAGGAAUGGAAAAGAUAUUCAAGGGAUUCCUUGGGAGAGCAUGAAUUACACGAGGGGUAGAUACCGUGAGAACAGAUUGCUACACUAUAAAAACUUUGAGAGUCUCUUUAGAUCCAGAGAAGAGCUUUAUAAGGAUUGCUUGCAAGUUGAGAAAGGAAAAAACUUUUACGACUUUCAGUUCAACACGAGGCUUGUUAAGUCCACAAUUGCACAUUUUCAGCUGAGGAACUUGGUAUGGGCAACAUCAAAGCACGAUGUGUAUUUCAUGAACAACUACUCUCUCAUGCAUUGGUCAUCUUUGCAGCAAAGGGGCAAAGAAGUACUUAAUGUGGCGAAGCCCAUUGUUCCUACAAUGAAGCAGCAUGGAUCAUUGUCGCAGUCUGUAUCAAGAGUCCAGAUAAGCACCAUGGUAGUUAAAGACGAUUUAAUAGUUGCGGGAGGGUUCCAAGGGGAACUUAUCUGCAAGAGAAUCAACGAACCUGAGGUUGCUUUCUGCACAAAACUAACAUCAGCUGAAAACGACAUCACCAAUUCGGUUGACAUAUACAACGCACCUAGUGGCUCGUUAAGAGUCAUGGCCGCGAACAAUGACUGUACUGUCCGGCUAUUUGAUGCCACAAACUUUGCCUUCCUCAACAGUUUCACCUUUGAUUGGUCUGUAAAUAACAUUUCCACCAGUCCAGACGGCAAGUUAGUGGCUGUUCUAGGGGACAGUCCAGAGUGCUUACUAGCAGAUACCGGAUCUGGAAAAGUGAUACACGGACUCGAAGGCCAUCUAGACUACUCGUUUUCAUCAGCAUGGCAUCCAAACGGUCAAAUCCUAGCCACGGGUAACCAAGACACAACCUGUAGGCUAUGGGACAUCAGGAACCUGUCUCAAUCCCUCAAAGUGUUGAAAGGAAACAUGGGAGCCAUCCGAGCCUUGAGGUUCACGUCUGAUGGACGGUUCUUAGCCAUGGCUGAGCCAGCAGACUUUGUACACUUGUUUGACACGGAAGCUGGUUACACUCAGUGUCAAGAGAUUGAUCUGUUUGGAGAAAUAGCGGGAAUCUCGUUUAGCCCCGACACGGAGGCACUGUUCGUGGGAGUAGCUGAUCGUACGUACGGUAGCUUGUUGGAGUUUAACAGGAAGCGAAACCACUCGUAUGUUGAUUCCAUAUUCUGAUCUGACUCCAAUCGUUUGAAGCAAUUUAAGGAGCUACAUAUAUAUAUAUAUAUAUAUGUGUGAGGUUAUGGUUAAAUUAUGUUAGUGGCUUUUGGAGGGGUUAAAAAGUCUUUGUUUUUGUGACUUUCCCUUUGUCAUGUUUAUGUGGUUUUUAGAAAUUCCAUCAGACUUACAUUUUUAUCAGGCAGUAUAUACUAGGAAUUGGACUAAACAAAAUAUGUACAUUACAUAAACUUUGAUGUUUUUUUUG